AUGUCCUCUCAAAUAAAAGUAAAACAUGCUUUUUUUCCCGUUUUUCCAACAGGAAAGAGGCUGCAAGAAUGGAUUUCUGUCAUCUUGUGCUUCUCCCUGAUCUGUUUCAAUUUUUACAAUCUUCUCUUCUACUUGCGACUGGAACACAUGCCCUCUGUUAUUGUUGGAAUAUUUGCAGGAGUCAUCACGGCUGACUUUCUAUCAGGAUUAUUUCACUGGGGAGCAGAUACCUGGGGAUCUGUGGAGCUACCCAUAGUUGGAAAGGCUUUCAUCAGACCCUUUAGAGAACAUCACAUUGACCCCACAGCAAUCACCAGACAUGAUUUUAUAGAAACCAAUGGAGACAACUGCUUUAUGACACUAGUCCCGUUGGCAAACAUGGCAUACAAAUUUGUUUCCUUUUCCCCAGAGGCAUUAUAUGAAACAUGUCCUUGGGAGUGUUAUGUCUUUGCCCUUAUCAUCUUCAUAACCAUGACGAACCAGAUUCACAAGUGGUCUCACACGUACUUUGGUCUUCCACGCUGGGUCAUAUUUCUACAGGACUGGCACAUUAUCUUGCCACGGAAGCAUCACAGGAUCCACCAUGUGUCCCCACACGAGACGUACUUCUGCAUUACAACUGGUUGGCUGAACUAUCCAUUAGAGAAGAUAAGGUUCUGGAGGUGUUUGGAGAACAUUAUCCAAGGAAUUACUGGGGAGAAGCCAAGAGCAGAUGACAUGAAAUGGGCGCAGAAAAUUAAAUAACUUUUGCCAGCCUUCUGCAAUCCUUAACUUGUUGCCAAUGUUUUUUUUUUUAAAAAAAAGCCAUCAGCCAAAUUCAAGACCUGCAAAGAAAUAACAGACUCUAAAGCACAAACUAAAAAGUGCUAACACAGACUGUAUUGAAAAGAACUAAUUCUUAAAACAAUACUUGAAAUGAAGAUGAUUACUGUUGCUGAGCACCUUUUUGUUUAGCCAUGUCUGCUUACUUCUUAGGAAAUAAUUCAUCACUGUAUGUCAUAAGGCUAUCGGGCAAGCCAGAAGGCAGGACAGUCACUCCAUUGGUACAUGGUGGCAUAGUAAUCAUGUGUUGUAUCAACAUUAUUUAACACUUCGGAAAUAGCUUGUUGCCUAAGACCUAUACGGAGAAUGGUGACCACAGUUUGUCACUUCGUGUUUGAGUCCAAAUACACUGCAUGAAAACAGUGUGUCAGAGUAAUGGAGGCCUAUAAAAAUCAUCACUUUUCAAUGCACUUAGUGAUUGAUAAACCUACAGCUCUGUCUUCGCUAUCAUGUUAAAUCUAAUUGAUGUAAUGUGGAACAGACUUUGAGAAUCCCACUCUACCAGUGGGCCACGAAUCCUCAAGUGUCUUCAGUUUCCCUUAAAAUAAAAUUGUUCUGCUCUCUACAUGGAAUUGAGCAAACCAUUUCUGCAUAAGCCUUCAACUUGACAAGCCUGAGGAGAGGGAGGGCACCCAGUACAACACAUGCUCACAUUUGUUCAUGUGGAGUGCUCACUGAUGAGUCUUCUGUUAAGUGUUUCUUACCCUGACAGUAAAUGUUUUAAUAGUUUUAGCACUGGGCACAUUGCAAAUAGCUGUAUUCAAGAGCUCGAGGUAUCAACCUUGUUAUGUUAGAAGGGAAAUGUCAAUGACUGGUGGGGUUUUUGUUUUUGUUUUUUUUUUUAAGGUGCUUGCUUGUUUCUGUAAAUAAUAUAAAGCCUUAAUAUCUUCUGGUGUAAUGGAAUAAUAUUUUAAUGUGAUGUUUGAAUGUAUAUAAUAUAUUUAUAACAAAGCAGUUGGAUAAUACUAA